AUGUUAUUUAUCUCGAUGUGUUCCAAAUCGGAUACCUGGAUUCAGAUUAUAGUCCUGGCGGUAAGCUACUAUUUGAAGAAAAAAGUCAAAAAGUUUGCCGACAGCUUUACCAAUUCAGAUGAUGGAGAGAAAACUACAGAUAUAGACGGAAAGCCUCCCCAAUUUGACUUACCUAUGUCUCAUGUGGUUGUUGAUACAAAUAAGUCGUCUGGAUAUAAAGUGAUCCUGGAACUGAAAGAAUCUGAUCCCAAUGUAGCUGAAUUGGAAGAUGUUCUCAACAAAAAUGAAGACAUUGUUAUAAAGGAUACCAUUACUGAGGAUACGGAGUAG